AUGUUCAAUGGAGGACAAAAAAGAGAUAGAAGAACAGGUGGCAAAAUUACUUCAAAAAAUCUUAUAGAAGAAUCAUACAGCCCGUUUGCAGCACCUGUAACUUUAGCUUUUAAGAAAGAAGAUAAUAAAAGAAACAGAUUAUGUAUUGAUUUCAGAGAUCUCAACAAAAUAGUAACACCACAAGCUCAACCAUUCCCGUUAAUUGAAGACUUGGUAAUAAAAACAAGAAACUGCAAGUACUUCUCAACAUUAGAUAUUAACUCUGCAUUUUGGUCCAUCCCACUGCGAAUUGAAGACAGAAAAAAAACAGCUUUUGUUACACAAGAAGGCCACUUUCAAUGGACGUGUCUACCCUUCGGCUUGAAAACCUCUCCCGCAAUAUUUCAAAGAAUCCUGAGCAACAUACUAAGAAAACAUCAAUUAACUGAUUUUACAGUUAAUUAUAUAUAUGAUAUCCUGGUGUUUUCAAAGUCUUAUAAUGAACAUAUAAACCAUUUAUCACAAUUACUGGAAGCAAUAAAACAAGAAGGAUUUCAGAGAUUUUAG